GAGAUCCCAAAGAGCACCGAGCCAAAGGAGAAGAACAGCACACACAACAUAGCAGCUUUCAUUCAGCAUUCGUCGUAUUCAGUUCUUUAAGUCUCAAACAGAGGAGCUAAAGCGGGGCGACGCGACCCAGAAGCAUCAGCACAAUGGGCAGGAAAGACCAGGACUUUGGUUCUUGGUUAGACAACAACAAGGCCAAAAGAGAAUCAGUCCAUGUUGAGACAAAGAACCGCAGUAGUGCCAACCAGAACAGCUCUACAAAGACUCACAACUCUCUCGAGUCCACUCGCCUCAGCGAUGACGACGAGGUUCGGAGGAGUCAGGCCGGCGGCGGUCGUGACUACGACGAAGAAGAGGGUCACCUGCUCUACCACGUCAGCCUCGUGCUCAAGGAACAGUAUGAGGUGGUGUCCACACUGGGAGUGGGAGCCUUCGCAAAGGUGGUGGAGUGCAUUGACCGAGGCAGAGGUGCGCAUGUGGCCGUGAAGAUUGUGCGCAACAUCAGAAGCUUCCGGCAGGCAGCCAAGUGUGAGAUCGCCGUCCUGGAGGAGAUCAACACCUUGGACGACGACAACAGAUUUGCCUGUGUGAGGAUGUUGGACUGGUUCGAGCACCAAGGCCACGUGUGCCUGGUCUUUGAGCUGCUGGGACUCAGUACCUAUGAGGUCCUGCGACAAAACCACUUCCUGCCGUUCAGCGUGGAGCAGAUCCGACACAUGGCCUUCCAGAUCUUCCAAGCUGUCAGCUUCCUGCAUCGCAAUAAACUGACACACACCGAUCUGAAACCGGAAAACAUCCUGUUCGUCUGCUCUGACUACGACAUGGAGUACAACGACGCGACGAAACGCGACGAGAGGAAGAUCAGGAGUCUGGAUGUCAAGGUGGCGGACUUCGGCACCGCCAUUUUCGACCAUGAGCACCACGAAUCCCUGGUGUCAACGCGCCACUAUAGAGCUCCGGAAAUCAUACUCGAUCUAGGCUGGAAUCAGUCAUGUGACGUUUGGAGUUUGGCCUGCGUUCUCAUGGAGUACUACCUCGGACAGACGCUAUUCCCGACCCACGACAGUCAAGAACACCUGGCCAUGAUGGAAAAAAUCCUGGGACCCGUCCCGCCACACCUGCUGAAACAAACCGGAAAACAGCACUACGUCCUCAACGGGCAUCUGGACUGGGACGAGCACAGCUCCUCGGGCAAAUACGUGCGGAAACACUGCAAGCCUCUCAAGAGCUUGCCGAGGCGUAACGAGGACGAGCGGCAGCUGUUGGACCUUCUGACCUGCAUGCUGGAGUACGACGUGGACCGGCGCAUCACCCUGGAGGAGGCGCUGUGGCACCCGUUUUUCGAACCCGCCAGGAUGGCGAGGCGAAGGCGAAGAAGCUAACACAAACUGACACACACCCACACACACACACACACCCACACACACACAGUGAACCCUCGCUAUUUGCUUUAGCGACGAAGACCAGCUGCAAAUGGCAAACAAUGACAAAUUGUGGACAAAAGAAAUACUCUGGAAAAUAUCCAUUCAUUUAUUUUCAACCCUUCAAAUUCCAGAUGGUUUGCACAAUGCGCAGGUUGUAAAACAAACUCGGAAAUGACAUUUUUACGUAUUGUCAGUGCAGUUGUGUCUUGAGAUACGAGUUUAAAUUCAUUCUGUGACCACGCUCGUAACUCAAAUAAACCCAUUAAUUAACCCAUUCCAGCCUCGCCAAACAA